CUUCACGUAGAUGAUGUACAUAGUUAGAGAGCGUCAACAAAUAAACGCAGAUUGCGUUUUGAGCCCUUAUAAAAGUUAUUAUUACAUAGAGUGGUUAACAUUUCCUUCGCCGAUUAUUGAUGCAGAAAUUUGAAAUCAUGGAAAGUGGCGCUGCUCCUGCAGGAAACCGCAUUUUGAUAGUACUGGUAGCAGUGUGUGCAAUCGUCGCUGUAGUAGCCAUAGUUAUAGCUGCAAUGGCAGUGUCAAAAUCCUCGACCACUCCAAACAUUACCAUUCAAGGCGACCAAACGACAAUAGGUGGCGGCACCUCUGCAGGACAAGGAUCGUCUGCUGGGAGUUCCGGAGGGAACUCUGGCUCGGCAGUUUCAUCAUCAUCUGGAGGAAGGAUCUUCACGAUCGCCAUAGGACAUGACGGGGGACCUCACGAAUAUAUUGACACCACUGGCUACUUAGCAGGCUUCAAUUUUGAUUUAAUCGACGCAGUUUGCACCGAGGCUGGCAUGGACUGUCGUACUGUAUGGGACAAGUACGUCAAUUGUUGGGACUCCACCCCAGGACAACCCUCACACGGCGGCCAGGGUUUGAUGGGCCGUUGGUAUGAUGCUUGCACCGGGUGGUUUCCAACCAUAGGUAGGGUUCAGGUCUUCAGCUUUUCUUCGCCAUUCCUCAAGCCCCCAGUCAGCUAUUUUUUCACGAAGACGGGGAACGCUGCUUCGUUUUCAUCUAGAAAUGUAGCUAACAAGAAAAUCGGUUUCAUUGAUGGCUGGGCUAGUGACGAGAAAUGUCUGGCCAGAUGGACUGACGUCAAGGGUCGGGACAAUAUGACCGUCGUCCACGCUCCGACUCCUAGAGAUAUCGUUGCCAAGUUGAAAAGUGGAGAAGUACUUACCGUGGGAACAAAAGUGUUGAAAAGAAAUUUACGAAGGAGUGACAGAAAGGGGGGCAAACAAGAAAACCCCUGGCUGGGGCCCUACGUUGUGAAGGGGAUAUCCAAAUCUGGAUCUUACAUCCUCCAGAUUGAAGGCGGAUGCACACUGAAAGGCGCCGUAAACAGGGCAAAUUUGAAAGUUUAUGUUGCAGAUGAAUAG